AUGCUCAGACAAGUCUGGUUUCCGUUACCGAGGUCCAAUAAUUUUUUAAUUUCCCUAACUUACUCCUCCCAGCUCCAAAACCUCUCAAACUCCCAAAAAAAAGUUAAUCGGUCACCUAAACCUCCUACAGAUUCAACCAACUCACAUGUGAAAUACUUGAGAAGAUUUUUCAUGUUUCUGAUCUGAAACCAAUCUUCUAACUGGCUCCUUCCAGCUCCAAAACUUCUCAAACUCCCAAAAAUGUUAUAACAGGACACACACACCUCCUACAGGUUCAACCAACUCACAGGUGAAAUGCUUGAGAAGUUAUUUUCUUUUUCUAACCUAAAAAUAAACUUCUAAUCUACUCGAGUCUUGGUAAUGCGAUUCGUACGUUUCUGAGCACUGCUAGUGAUCCCUAUAGCAAUGUGAGCCCUCUUAAGUGACCCCUAGGAUCGCUCAGAAAGGACCGGUUGCCGUUACCGAGGUCCGAGAACUUUCUAAUCUUUCAGCUCAAUAUCUUCUAGCUCCAAAACUUCUCAAACUUCCCAAAAAUGUCAUAACAGGACACCUACACCUCCUACAGGCCCAUCCAACUCACAUGUGUAGUACUUGAGAAGGUAAGCCAUGGCGGCGAAGACGUGACGAUGGCGACGUCAGCGGAGCUUCGGGAUCAUCUUGGCUCCGCCGGCGACGUCAGCCAGCCGUCGCGGAGAGCGGCGGUUCUUCACAGCCACGCCCACUCUACACACGCCGAUGGGCGGUCCUCCGGCUCUCGGAAGCCGCCUGGAGGUCCACCUUUCCCACAUUUCCAGCUCUCUCUCUCCUUUUUUUGUCUUGUUUCCUUGUCCUUUCAUCUUGCUCUUUGAACUGCUAAUUUUCACCUGUCAAAUGCAGGUAGGUGCAGUUCAUCUCUUCUUUUAAAGCUUUAAAGCGACUUCAAAUUGUAGGCCCCUUCUUCAGAGAAAUAUGAAAGCUACCUCCACCUUCAAAUCGUAACUUCAAGCUUUGAAAUUUUGAAGCUCUUCUCAAGGGUCCUUAAAGGCUCAAUUUACAAAGUCUACCUUUAAAAUGUUCAUUUUCCCAUUCUUACAAGAAUGCUUCAUCUCUUCUCCUUUUUUGUCUUUUUUCCUUGUCCUUUCAUCUUGCUUUUUGAACUGCUAAUUUGUAAUUUGUACCUGUCAAAUGCAGGUAGGUCCAGUUCGUUUCAAAUCGGAACUUCAAGAUUUAAAACUUUGGAGUUUUUCUUGACAGCCCUCAAACUACUACUUUAUGAAGUCUACCGCUGAAAUGUCCUUUUUUGCCAUUUUAGAAGAAGCUUCUACACUCAAAUUUUCUGUUUUGGUUCCUUGUCCUCAAAUCUUCGUCCCUCGAGCUUAUUCUUUAGAUCAAUGCCUACCUUCCCUUAAGAUCGCAAUUUUGAAAUUUGGAAUUGUAUCGUUUUACUCUUAAUCCAAGCUCCUCAAAUUCAGGCUCCUUGUUGUAUUUUAUUUUUGAACCCCUUUAAAUAAACUAAAAACUACAAAACCCACCACAGACCUAAAAACUUUAAAAAUUAAAACAAUGACUGAUUCUCCAUCAUUUUUCCAUUUUCUAACUGAUAAUUUGUACUUUUCAAAGACAUAAGGGGGCAUUUAUAUCUGAAAUUUUAGAGGGACAUGAAAACUUGUAUUCAUUCUUUGUAGAAUCUUGAAGACUACCUCUGUUAGUUUUAUUCAUGGGAUUGGAAAUUGACUUUUCGACCAGUGAGCAAAAUCAAAUUAAAGACUUUUUUUUCCCCUCAAAAAUUCUGAUUUGAAACUUAAAGAUCGUUUUCUGAACUUGAUUUUCGUUCGGUUUGAACUACUAAUUUGUAAUUUGUAACCGCAAACGGAUCCGCUGGAUUCAAAUUUCACUUGAGAAACUUUAAAGGCAUAGGGGCAGUAAAAAAUGGGGUUUCAGGUGAAAGCAGUAUCUUAUAUAGUUUUUUUCUUUGCUAAUCGAAUGGUGUACUCAAAACAAUUAAAGAUGUGACAACUUUAGAAGAAAAACGCGAUUUUACUUUCCCGCCUUUAUUUUUGAAAAAAGCUUUGGAUCGGCCUACGGACAAAUGUUUACAGUAGCCGUGCACGCGAUGUUGCGGACGUCUCAUUAG